AAUUCUUAUUCCGAAUAAAAAAAAAAUUUUCGCAAUGUCUUUUCGUCCACCACCAUACCGAGGAUAUGGUCAUUAUUAUUAUUCAUAUGUUCAAGAUGGGACGCAUCGAACGAUUAUAAUAGAUGAAGAUUCAAACGUUCCGUUUGAUAAUACGAGACCAACUCAUUAUUAUAGUUAUAGUGGCUAUACGAAUGAUUAUGGUCAUACGAAUAGUUAUACGAAUUAUGAUGAUGCGAAUACCGAGAAUAGGUUGGCGGCGCAGCAGCCUUUUCCUAAUUAUCGUCCAUUUAUGGGUAAUUCAUUCUUUAAUAGCAAUGGAUGGCAUCAACCUGGAUGGCAACAUCCUGAUAUUCCAUGGAAAGGUCCAAAAGAAUUUGUAAUCGACCCUAAUGAAUUCAAUAACCUUGAAUUAAUCGUGUCGGGUAGCGCUCAUGGAAAUUUACUUGUAACACGAUCAUCAAAUAAUACAUCAUCGAUUAAAGUUAAAACACAAAUAUUACUCAGUGACGAAAUUUUACAAGACAAAGUUGAAAUAUUGGUAUCUGAUGAUUCACCAAAUUAUAUUCUUCAAGUGAAAACUCCUGAAUUUUGUGGUUUUCCGAAUUGUGUAUUAACAAAUAUUGACAUCACGUUCCCAAGAGAUUUAAAAGGAUUUGGUAAAUUUUCUAUUAACGUUAUUAACCUUAAUAUUAAUGAUGAUGAUUUGAAAAAUAUCACAUUUGAUAACGUUGAUUGGAAAUUAAAUCCUUCUAUAAAUGUUAAGGGUUUAAAAUCACGCGAAAUUAGUGUUAAAUCUCGGGGUCAAAUAUCUGGAAACUAUUAUAUUGAUGAUUCUCUUUUACUUGAAACUAGUAAUUCUCAAAUAAAUGCUACCACUAAUUCUUUUUCUGAUUCGACACCAAAAUCAAUUAAACUCGUCACAUCUAAUGCAGCUAUUCGAGGAUCUUUUCCUUUAGCGCUAUUAUUUAAGGCUCAUACAUCAAAUAGUGGUAUAGAUUUAAACAUAGCAAGAGCAUCUCAAAACAAUUCCGGUAAAAUUAUUUUAGGUACGAGCAAUGGAAAAAUUAAUGGUGUAUAUGAUGUUGAUGGUGAAUGGCAUGCUUCAACAAGCAAUGGUAAUAUUAAUGCUAAAUUAAAUCUCGUUAAUUCAUCUGAGCUUGUUCGAAUAUCUGGAAUGACAUCAAACGGAAAGAUUAAUACUUUAGUUUCUGACUUAUAUAAAGGUCGAUUUAAUUUGCAAACUUCUAAUGGAAAAUCCGCAAUUGAAGGAAGUCAUGACCAGAUAAAUUAUAACGUCAAUACUAGUUCAUCAAAAAGUGGUUAUAAGGGUGAAAAUAACAAUAAUGAACUUACAUUACGUAGUUCAAAUGGUAAAAUUGAUUUAGAAUUUUUUUAAGAAUUAAAUAUUAAUAUUUUAUUAUUUCAAUACUUCAUUAUUUAUAAUUUUAUUGCAUAUCAUUACAUUAUUGUGUUUGCAUUACAUUAGAAUGUAAAUAAAUCUAGAUUUUCAUACUAAUAAUGUAAUUAUUUAUAUACAUAUAUACCAUUUCUGUAUAUACAAUUUU